GCGGCGGCGGCGGCGGCAGCAGCAGGAGCAGCCCCGGCUGCGGGUCGCGACGGCGGCGGGGCUCCCCCUCCCCCGUGCCGGGGCGCGGCGGAGGGAUGUGGGGCUUUGCAGGAGGAAGGCUUUUCGGCUUCUUCUCGGCCCCGGUGCUGGUGGCAGUGGUGUGCUGCGCCCAGAGCGUGAACGAUCCCGGAAACAUGUCCUUUGUGAAGGAGACGGUGGACAAGCUGUUGAAAGGCUACGACAUCCGCCUGAGACCCGACUUCGGGGGUCCCCCGGUCUGUGUGGGGAUGAACAUCGACAUCGCCAGCAUCGACAUGGUUUCCGAAGUCAACAUGGAUUAUACCUUAACCAUGUACUUUCAACAAUAUUGGAGAGAUAAAAGGCUUGCCUAUUCUGGGAUCCCUCUCAACCUCACGCUUGACAAUCGCGUGGCCGACCAGCUGUGGGUGCCCGACACCUAUUUCUUAAAUGACAAAAAGUCGUUUGUACAUGGAGUGACAGUGAAAAACCGCAUGAUCCGCCUUCACCCUGACGGAACGGUGCUGUAUGGGCUCAGAAUUACCACCACAGCAGCCUGCAUGAUGGACCUCAGAAGAUAUCCGCUGGAUGAACAGAACUGCACUUUGGAGAUUGAAAGCUAUGGCUACACCACAGAUGACAUUGAAUUUUACUGGCGUGGCGGGGACAAGGCUGUCACUGGCGUGGAAAGGAUCGAACUCCCACAGUUCUCCAUUGUGGAGCACCGUCUGGUCUCAAGGAAUGUCGUCUUCGCCACAGGUGCCUAUCCACGACUCUCACUGAGUUUUCGGUUGAAGAGGAAUAUUGGAUAUUUCAUUCUUCAGACUUACAUGCCCUCUAUACUGAUUACGAUUCUCUCGUGGGUAUCCUUCUGGAUCAAUUAUGAUGCAUCUGCUGCUAGAGUUGCCCUCGGGAUCACGACUGUAUUGACAAUGACAACCAUCAACACGCACCUUCGGGAGACUUUGCCCAAAAUCCCCUACGUCAAAGCCAUUGACAUGUACCUUAUGGGCUGCUUUGUCUUUGUGUUCCUUGCCCUGCUGGAGUAUGCCUUCGUCAACUACAUUUUCUUUGGAAGAGGCCCUCAAAGGCAGAAGAAGCUUGCAGAAAAGACAGCCAAGGCAAAGAAUGACCGUUCCAAGAGUGAAAGCAGCAGGGUGGAUGCUCAUGGAAAUAUUCUGUUAACAUCAUUGGAGGUUCACAACGAAAUUACCGAAGUUGCAGGCAGUGAUACCAGGAAUUCAGCAAUAUCCUUUGACAACUCAGGAAUCCAGUACAGGAAACAGAGCAUGCCUAGGGAAGGGCAUGGGCGAUACAUGGGGGACAGAAGCAUCCCACACAAGAAGACCCAUCUACGGAGGAGGUCUUCGCAGCUCAAAAUUAAAAUCCCUGAUCUAACCGAUGUGAAUGCCAUAGACAGAUGGUCCAGGAUCGUAUUUCCAUUCACUUUUUCUCUUUUCAACUUAGUUUACUGGCUGUACUAUGUUAACUGAGUGACUGUACUUGAUUUUUGAAAGACUUCCUUUAACACUGAGUGAAAUAUUACUCUGCCUGUCAAGUUUUUAUACCUGUACACACACACACAGACACUCAGACACACACACACACACACAUAUAUACAUACGCAAUUGUAUAUAUAUGUGAACUUUCUCAGCAUAUAUAUAAAAUACACGUGUAUAUGAGGAUGUAUGCGUAUGUGUUCAUACACAGAGGUGUAAGCUCCUAUGUGUAUGCACAUAUGCAUACAGAAAUACAUUUGCAGCUAUGGACAAUUUAACACAGGAUGCAUACUAAAGAAAGUCAUAGUUUUUUUCUUAAUUGAAAGGGACAAGUAUCUAAAUAUUAUGCCUUGAGAAUGAGGACAUAAAACACAAUAUCAUCCCAAAAUGUGUCUUUUAUUAUCAUGUUAGACAUUUUAGUUCAAAAAUCAGAAAGAACUUCUUAGUUCAUCUUUUUGACUCUCAUGCAGUGGAAUUGCUAGUUUAAAAUGAGUCAUACAGUUCAUAUUCUCUCUUUCAGUUUACUAAACAAAGACUUUUGGGCUUUUCUGAUGAUUGGGUUUGUUUUUCAUUAUGUGUACUUUUUCUGUGCUGGUGUAGCCGAUGCGGUGAGUCGCAGCCUGUGCGCUCACCUGUUCUCUUAAACAUAGAUACAUCCCACGUUGCUGUCUGAGAGUCUAGUUUUUGAAAACCCAUCAGGAGUGAAUGGCAACUCACUGUAAGUACUAUAAUAUACAGAAUUUGUGUGUUUCUCAUUCGCCUGGAGUGGAUCCAGCUUAGCUAUCAUGUGGGAACACAGUGGCACGUUUUGGCAAUCACAUUUCCAUCACUGAAAAUGUGCACUCUGUCGCUUAUGGAUCUUUAGGCCCGACAACUUACAGAAAGCAUAGAUGUCUCAGGUUAUUUGUUACUCUAAGGAAAAACCAUCUAGGGCAACCCCCACUCCCUUCCCCCGCAGUUAUGUUGUCAACCAUUCUUAUAACAUUGUAUGUUAAUAUAAGGUAUAUUUGCAUAAUCUGCAUACAUCUGUAUAUUUACCAGGAUUUUGUUUCUUAUGCUUGCUCUCAUGGCAGCAUGCGAUGUCAUAUUUUUCUUUAUGUGAUGUAAUUACUUUCUGUUAGCUAGAAAUUAAGACUGAAGCUGAAACACUUCUAAUGCUCAUGUUUGAAAACUAAGAUAUUCCACAUGCCUUUAUUUCUGUAUCUGACAUAUUUCAUAAGCGCAUCCAAUGACUCCUAGGCUGCCUAGGAUUCUGCAGGAACACGACCAGUACACAGCACGUAUCACCCAACAAUCCAUGACCGUUCUCGGAGGCAAAGAGGGCAACCUGACAACAAACACGGUUCCUUCUGAGCCACAGCCUCAUCAGUAUUUGGACUUUUUAAAGCUCGUAGAAACAAGACAAGGUGCACCGGUUUCAUAGACGCAACCUUAACUUACUAUUUAGACGAGAUCUUUCUAAAGAAAACAAAGAGAUGAUAUAUUUUUUGUAAACAAUAUUUCUAUCACAGGCAUCCAUAAACUGAAAUGACUACAGUUGUGCAAACAGGUGUCACAGUGAAGUUAUGCAUUUGGAGAAAAAACAAAAAGAAUUUUAAAAAGCAAAAUACACAGGAAGGAAUUGCUAAAUUAAUAAUUUAUCCCAAAAUGUCACAUAUGCCUCACCCUCUCUGUUAUGUUCAAAACAAAAUGAGCGGAAUGUAGUCCAAGACUCCUGUUUCUGGCCCGACCGUUCUCCACAUAGAAACACCACCCUCCCUGAGGGGUCUACUGUGGGGACCAUCGCCAGCAGCUGACCACUACUUGAUUUUUCUUUGGUGGCCAUAGCAACCAUUAAUUUGCAGGCCUCUGCAACAGUUCCAAACCCACCAUCAGAGAAAACACAAUCCAUAAACUCUCAUGCGGAAAGCACUUUGUAAUCUUUAUACCCUUCCCCACCUUCAUUCCUCUCUUUAUUCAACGUCUUCUCCCAAUCUCUGCUCUCUUAGUUUUAAUUUGCUUUUUUUCUGGAGAUUAGUCAAUGGUUUGUUGGUUGUUGGCUUUUCUCUGGCAAUUUUUGUCAUAGGUAACAGUGGGGGAUCCUAACAGAUUGGAAACAACCUUGUAAGUGGCCUUAUCAUUGUUAACACGUUAAAGAACAAAAAAGACAUUUGCAAAGACCUUAUCCCUUUCAAUACUUCAGGUAUCUUUUUUCUGUAUUCAGUAAUUCAAGGUGUGGGCUUCACAUGCAGAAGGAGGACCCCAAAAUGCAAAUGACAUGGACAAAAGCUUCCAAGUGUUGAUUUAAGUGUAUGAUUUAUACUUUCAGAACGGUGACAUUAAUUCUUCCUGGGAGAAAUGUGAUUCAAAACUUUUUUGAUGCAUAGUUGAGGUACCCAAAUAUCAAAGGCAGAGACCCCCCCUCCCCUGGGGCACAGAAGAGCUGCAGUCUACUUCCCAAGUUUUUCUGGAUAUAAAUUUGCAUGGUAUAGUCCUAAUAGCUUUUGAGCUUUUUAUAUGCAUUUGGCACCGAGACUGGGAUCCACAACUUUGUAGACACUGCAAUGAAGUUAACAUAAUAGCUAUACUAUAAAUAGUGUUUGUAAUUACACAUACAUACACACACAGUUACAUACACAUAUUCUGUAAAAAAAAAACAACUUUUUAAGAUCCUUGGGUAUGUGUUUGCUUUACUCCAUUUCAGAAGAAAGUUACUUUUCUUCAAAUAAAAUUAUUUUAUAGCUUCUCCAUUUUUAAAAUCGUGAGAAGUAACAAGGAGAGAACUCUAUGCUGACAGAAGAGAGUUGAAUUUUAUCCUUCGUCCUGUUGAAAUGACCUCUCAUUACUCCACAGUGGUUAUUGGAGCCAGUAAGUGAGCCGGGUUGAGGAAUUCUGAACCCAGAUCUCUGACAAUGAUACCUGCAUCCAGACCUUAUGAGUAAGGAGAGAAAAGUUUAGUUGGAGAUGUAAUGUGACUUCUUUCUCAACUGAAAGUAAUAAAAAGUUAACUUU